UUGACGGGCACGCGGCAGAGAAAGGGUUAAGAGUCACAUGGAAACGGGUGGUAUUAUCAGCCCUGGGCUGUAAAAAAAGAAAAAAAAAGAGUGUGGAGAAAAAAACCUUAGGAGAACAAAGAAAUCUGAGUCUAUUUAAAGAGAAGUCGCCCCAGAUCCUGCAGCCGUGUGACUCCCGGCAUUGCGCAUCGCACUCAGCUGCGCCAAAACCAGCCUGCCUGUGCACCACCACGGCUCUCGACGGCGGUGAGGAUGCGGACUUCUCUGGUCGUGUGCUGCUGCGUCUUUGCGCUGCAGUGCCUCCCGAGCACGCUUUGUCUUCCAGUGCGGGGAUCCAGCAGGUACAAAGUGGCACCGGUCUCUGAAAAGUUCCCUGACGUGAAGAAGAAGGGAAAGGUUCCUCAUGCUCAGGAUUUAGUAAAGGAGAGUUUUCCAACCAACACCUCCAACAUGUGGAACCGGCCUCGCUGUGGCGUACCGGACUAUCCCGUCCAGAAGGAGGUGCAUUAUCGGGGCAGACACCGCCAGAGACGCUUCGUCCUGUACGGAGGACGUUUGGAGAAGACGGACCUCACCUACAGGAUCGUCCGGUUUCCCCAGCAGAUGGGGGAAGAAAAGGUUCGACGUGUCUUUCGAGAAGCGCUGAAAAUCUGGAGUGAUGUCACCCCGCUCACCUUCACCGAGAUCCACAGUGGGAAGGCCGACAUCCGCAUCGAGUUCACAAGGUACUGGCAUGGAGACAACCUUCCCUUCGACGGCCCGGGUGGGAUUCUCGCUCACGCUUUCUUCCCCAAAACACACCGACAGGGCGACAUUCACUUUGACCACGAUGAGUCAUGGACCCUUGGAAACCACAUGGGCACAGAUCUUCUCCAGGUUGCUGUCCAUGAGUUCGGGCACGUCCUGGGCCUGCAGCACUCCCGUGAGGCAGGAGCCAUCAUGUCCGCAUACUACUCCUUCUCCUACCCGCUGAAGCUGAGCGAGGAUGACAAGCAAGGCAUCCAGUACCUGUAUGGAGCUCACCCACAAGUCCUGCCCUCACCGCCACCCCCACCCCCGCCUCCAGUUCCGUCUAACCCAGAGACCAAUGAGAUCGUCACUAGUCCCGACGCCUGCCAGACGGACUUUGAAGCUGUGUCUAUGAUCCGAGGGGAGCUGUUCUUCUUUAAGUCGGGCUAUGUUUGGCGAAUCAGGGACGGGCAUCUGGAGAGCGGUUACCCAGCGUUGUCGUCCCGUCACUGGAGGGGGAUUCCCGACAGCAUCGACGCCGCCUUUGAAGACAAGUCAGGGAAUAUUUGGUUCUUUCAAGGUGAGAGCUACUGGGUGUUCGAUGCUGAGAGGAAGAUCAGAGGGCCGGAGUCCAUCAGGAGUUUGGGUCUGUCAGAGUCCGGGAUCCAGGCGGCUCUGCGCUGGGGCCACGACUCCAACUACAACACCUACUUCUUCAAGUCAGGCAGCUACUGGAGGUUCAGCCCCCGUGAGAACCGCAUUGAGUCCGUCUACCCGCGCAGCAUGCAGGACUGGAGCGGCAUCCCCGACGAUGUAGACGCUGCUUUCAGGGACAUCUACGGCUAUGCUCACUUUAUCCGAGGACGACAGUACUGGAAAUUCGAUCCGGUUGGCAUGAACUCUUUGGAGGGCUACCCUCGCUACAUCGGCAUGGACUUUUUCGGCUGUAGAAACGUGAGAAUCUGAUUAGGUUUUUUUUGUUUUUUUGUUUUUUUUUAUGACAAUGAAGAGGAGAGAAAACAGAUAAGUUUAUGUUCAAGCGGAUGAGACGGUCUCCUUUAAAUCUGUUUAUACUUUACUCCAUUUAUUGAUACUCUGAUCAAUUACACCUUCUUCUCAGGAAAAAAACAAGGUUUGUUUCCUCAGACUUGGCACCUCCUGUGCAGCUAUACUCAUAUUUAUUUUGCACAUUUGUCACCAUACAGCUGAGAUCUGGGACAUGUAUUAAUGAUGUGUGAUACUGACGUGAACUGCAUUGUUCUUACUUCCUGUUAUUGAGCCUGAAAUUUAGAUUUUUGACUGAUUUUGGUUCCCAGACGGAACCAGUACAGACUCCAUGUAGUGGAUGUUUUCCAUUGUUUAAUGGAUGGACUUGCUGAUCCUCAAGUGUUUGAAGAGUGACAUCAAACUUAAAGCUGCGGAAGGUAGAUUUGUUUGUUAGCUGCUGUUGAUGGCGGUGAACCUUUAAUACUGUAACUUUAAACCUAGAAAUCCUUCAACGUGUCCGUAAACAACAUUUUUAGCUACACUUUGUUCUUUUGAGAAUUUGAUCACACAUGCAGUUGAUUUUCCUGCUAACCUGACUCACACUGACCAUUAAUCAUAACAAGUCACAUUGUUUUCAGUUUGCUUAUAGUCUUAUAACCUGCAUAAAGAUUAUUUGUGACACAGUUGUAACUUUGAUCGAGCAUUAUGGACUGUGUGUGUGUGUGUGUGUGUGUGUGUGUGUGUGUGCUCUUUAUCAGCUGAAUGUCUCCUGCUCAGCCUUUUAAAGAGCUUUUGGUUUCGUGUCCUGAAAUAAAUCUCUCAGGCGGCACUCACUCCUGCGCUGUGUAGUGUCACCAGUAAUCAAGUUUCCAUCCAUAUGUAGGAAAUUUUAAAAAUCAGUAAAAGAAAAUGCUAAUUUUAAGGCACGACUCCAUCCACUACUGUUGUGCGAAUAUUCAGAUUUGGUUGUGUUGAGCUAAACAGAUUCACCAAUUCUCCACUCAGGUGCCAUUAUACCAUUGCAUAAGAGGGAAGAACAGAUAACCAUGUGGAAAAUAUGAUGGAAAUAUUGCAUUUAUGUUUAUUUCAUGUAUUAAUGUGAGCAACAUUACAGUCUCUACUCAACGCUCCACACAGAUCUGAUAUUCUCAUCUGUCACUAUUUCUCAUCUUCAUGCUUCAUAUAGUCAUGAUUUAUUCACAAAGUCUCUUUCCAUUGCACUUUUAGCUUUUAUUGAAAUUUUUUCCUGAGUGACUCAAUUCAGGGCAAGAAAAUCCCAAAUGUCCUUUCAAGUAGGUCGACAUUCAUCCAGUUUCUUCUAGGCAUAAAGUUGUAAACAUGUAAAGGAGUUGUUAGCAGUGUUAGCUUGCCAAUGUUUAAGAGAAAGUUUUGUAUUUAUUUUUCAUAUGUGGGCAAAUUGAGCCAAUAUACAAGUUUUCAGUGAGUAGGGAUGUGAUGCUCUCUGUUGUUGUGAUUUAGGCUAAUUAAAUUAUAUUUAAAUUAUUAAUUAUUUCCUCAUGUAGCCGUUAGAUGUUAUGUUACCUACUUCUCUUCCCUGGCAAAACAAAAUGAUGUCUGCAUUUGAAGAAAUUAGGAGUUCAUAUGGGAAGAAAAUGUGAUGAUAUAACACUGUAUGUCAUGUUUUGAUGUCACUCUUCCAACACGAUGGUGUAAAGCUCUUAGUUGUUGGUUAUCACUCAUCAGUCUGUAGGCCUCUGUGGCAGUAAAAGGCUCCAGGGCGCCAUCUAGAGUGCAACAUUGUCACCCUGCAAGAGAAGAGUGAUAUUUCCUCAGAGAAUGUCCACAUAUAUUGUGAUGAAGUCAUUGCUUUUCUACAUUGUAACAUGGUGAUCUAUUCAGGUUGGUGAGUGUGACACAUUCAGGGACAGCAGCUGCUGCAUGGAUCAGCGGUUCUCAACCUGGUCAGUUAGUUACUACCAGAAACAAACUGAUGACUUCACUCUAUUUUUGCUUCUCAGGCUGUUUUGCUAAAUUAGUAGACUAAGCAAGUGUUUCACAAGAAUAUAUCACAUAUCUUAUUAGCUGGAUGGCAGUGGUGGAAAGUACAUUCACUCAAGUACAAUUUUGAAGUACUUGUACUUGAGCAUUUACAUUUUCUACUCCACUACGUUUCAGAGACAAAUAUUUUUCUUUUGGGUGACAGUUUUACAUUAAAAACAUAAAUUACAACACACUGUCCAAAAUCCAUGUAUCCAGAACUACAUACUGAAUAUAUACAGUAUAUACUACAUACUAAUCAUCAUAGUAUAAUGUUACUAUGUUACUGUACAAAAAAACAACAUACUUUAUUGGACAAUACGUGCAAGGUCAGAAGCCAUCUUGAAACAUCCAAAUCACAAAUGUUUUUUCUAAUAUUUGAUGUAAUUCUUUUUGCUUUCUGGAGUUGUUUCACCACCAUCCACAAUUUUCUUUAAUGAUUUCCAGCUGUGAGCUGCUCAUCCAUUUCCUCUGUGCAUUGCAUUGCAUUGAGAAUAGUUUGGAUCAACAGCACACUAAGACUUGACCAUAUCUAAUAUGCAUUCUGUCUGGUCUGAGUGUACUUGUGUCACUUUUCCAGUGUGAACACGCUACAGAAUCAAAACCUGCUUAGCAGUAGUAUGUAUGGGUCUGGGACACAGUGUGAACUAGCCAGUUCCAAUCUUUUUGGCUUGUGACUGCUUACAAAAAUCAAUGUGUAUUUGGGGCCCCUGUCGUGUGUCAGAUGUCUAUGACUCGUUCCACCAAACAAACGUUUCACCUCUCAAAUGUUUAAGGCAGAAGGAGGCCAAAUUAUCUAACAUUUCACAAAGAAGAUCUCAUGUCCCCUCAGAUUUAUCCUAUGACCUUUGGGACUGGCCGACCCAUAAACUAGCGAACUGUAUAUAAAGUAGUUGAAACUAGCCCAACCUUGAGCAGCUACAACAGUAAAAUGCUGCUUACACAUUAAUGCAUCAGUAUUAACAAUCUAAUAUUUGUCAUAUAUGAUAAUAUAUCUGUCACAGGGGACAUUUUCCUCAUAAUACUUCUGUACUUUUACUUUAGGACUUUCACUUGUAAUGGAGUAUUUUUACACUGUUGUACUGGUACUUUUACUUAAGUAAAGUAUCUGACUACUUCUUUAACCACUGCUGGUUAGAAACAGGAUCUCAUGGACCUGAAAAUAACUCAUGUCAUGACCUUUUUGUGGGUCAGGAUGCCCAGGUUGAGACCCACUGAUCCAUCUAAUGUGACAUUUCCUCUGCCGUGUCCCUGGUUGCAGCACUCGAAAUGUGAAGGCUCAGUGCAAACUGUCAUGUUCAUCAGAUGUUAGUUUUUCAGUGCAGGACACUGACGAGUCAUUAUAGUUUUCAUCAUUCAGACUUUGUUGUUUCUUUACAGUCUGUUGUUUGAAUCAUUUCGCAACUCAUUUCAAGUGUUAAUCAGUGAAUUCUGACUGCUUUGAAAAACUAUUUAUACACAAACAACUUAGCAAACGUUUGUUGUACAUAUCUGUCUUUGAUUAUUAUUUUUUUUACUCAUAUGUAGCCUAUACCCUGUACAUUGAAAUGUAUGAACUAUGUAUUGUUUCAUUUCUAAUAAAACCAUAACCUUUUUACCAAA